AUGCUGCAUCACCUGAGAUCCGCCGCGGCGAGCGCUCCCGGCCAUCCGCUGGCGCCGCCGGAAGAUGGCGACGACCACGACGGGGAGAGCGCAAGGGCUGUCACCGUAUCCGACCAGAGGACCAUCUACCUGGUGAACAUGUUCAUAGCGAACACGGUGGAGUUCCUCAACUCCUUCGCUGCCCUCUGCAACGACAAGCUCGCGCUCCUCCACAGGAAGGUAGUGAAACUGGACUCAUCUCUUGCCCUUCUGGAAGCAAAGCUGCAUAGUAUUGAUGGGAAUGAUGCUUCGGGACACUCAACAAGCCACAAGGCACACCAAUCUUUAACAGAUGACAAAAUAUUUGAUUCGGCAAGUUUAAUGGGUGAAUCCUCUAGGCUGUGA